AUGACUCAACCCUUAACCUCAAUUCCCCAACCCUCAACUCAGCAACCAGGCAGACGGGUGGCAUGGCCCAGGUACGCACAUACGCACCCAGCCCGACUGCUGGGAACGCACGAGAAUGAGCAAGCAUUGAGUCGUCCUCCUUCCCCUCCGUGCGGUCGCCGUGCGGGUGUCACUGUCAAACUUCAGAGCAUACAGGCAAGCAAGCACCAAGCACGCAGAUGGAAUUUCUCAGAGGGAGCCGAAAGGUCGGUCCAGAACUCCAGCGUCCAAAUGCACGUCGCUACGGAUACGGAGCGCUGCAUGCGAUAUCCCACGACAUCCGACCUCCAACGCCCCCUGGUUGGACCCUGUAUGAGUCUGCCACUGUGCAAAAAGCCCCAAAGAACCGUCCUGAACCAUCUUGGGGUUCUUCCGCUGCAUCCCCCAAUCAACCUGAAUAAUGCGGAACCUCUGGCCAGGGAAGCGAAAGCAGGAUUCGAUACCACAAUUCAGCCCACCAGGUUGGUAACUUGGGCUUGCAGUGCUCCACGCACAUGGCAUUUUGUGGUCUUCCAGGUUGCAAACUUGAGAAUUCCAACUCCCUGCUAUACAGCGCAGUAUUCCCUCCGUCUUUGGUCGAUUGUCGCACUCUAUUCCGUCGUACCCCUCUCAAGUACCCACCUGUGCCUUCAAGGUAGACGCUCUCGUCUCAAGUCGCCGUCAUUACUGACGCUGCAUGCGCUGGGUUCUGUCCGCCACAACUACUUCGGUUUUCGCUUCAACUCUGCAACCAAAGAUCGCCAUGACAUCUUUGCCCAAUGCGCACCGCUCAAUCAGCCGUUCAUUGUGUUUAUCGCCGUUACGCCCUGUUCAACUCUUCUCGCGAGAUCUCAUCCUUGGUACCGGCGGGUAUCUGUAGGAAGAUGCCCAUCCAUCUCCCUGGCCAAAAGGGUCGUUCUUGAGAAGCUCACGACUCGCACUGCCGAUCCUCUCCUCCACAUAGCAAUCAUGGCAAACAAGGCCCGUAGGCCUGUGCCUGUGCUUGCCCUGAUCGCAGAUUGUUACCCACAUGUCGCAAUAUCGCCGAUGAUCCAUGAUCCAUUCCUUCUUCGUGUCUUCCAGAAGUAA